UCAAAACAUGUCCAUCUGCACAAGACGAAGCUUUAUAAAGUGGUCCAGUGAUCUGCAGCAGCAGGAGGAUGAAAUGAAGGCACAGCAAGAGAAGGAAAUGAUAUCAGAAGGUGGAGCAGAGCAUGUUUCGAGGGAGGGCGCAGAGAUUCAGGAGGAGAGCAGGAAGUGCUCGCUCUCAUCUACCAGCGAGGAGAAGCAAGAUGGGCGGGAAGGUGGGCACAAAGUGGAGAAGAAAGUGGAAAUCUCCAAACCUAAGAGCUGGCAGCCCUCUUCUUACAAGUACAAAAAGAUGACAAAAAAGCCUUGUCGAAAUGGACCAUUCUACUUUUUUGAAGGAACCAAUGGGGCUGACAUAGUGAGCAGCUACUUUGACAGCAGAGGGUGGAUGAGGAUUUAUAGUGAACACAGAGAAGAUUUCAAACUCAAGUGGUGUGUGACCAAAUCUCCAGCUAAAUACAGAAGCUUUAGAGAAGGUAGACAUCUGAUGUACCAGAUUCCCAACAACAUGGUUCUCACCACUAAAAUCGGGCUCCUUAGAAGCCUGCGAGAGUUUGAGCAAUUCGGCCGCAAAGUCCAACAUGGACACAGGUGGCUGAAAAUGGAGGAGUUCAUUCCUUCAACGUACCGCAUGGAUAUGAAGAAGGAGAGGGAACUUUUCUUUUCCCACUUCACCCAACAGGAGGGUAAAACAGCGGUGGAGAACUGUAUGUGGAUCUGUAAGCCCACCAAUGGGAGCCAGGGGAGAGGGAUCUUCCUUCUGAAGAACACGCAGGAUGUUGAUGAAUUCAGACUGAAGCUGCAGAGCCUGGCCCACGGAAGGAACUACAUUGCCCAACAUUAUAUUCAGAAGCCGCUUCUGCUAGACGGCAGGAAGUUUGAUGUGCGAUCUUACCUUCUCAUCGCCUGCACUGCCCCUUAUAUGGUCUUCUUUCGUCACGGUUAUGUCCGGCUGACGUGUGACGUCUACGAUCCAAUUUCCAAUAAUCUCUCUACUCACCUCACCAACCAGUAUGUUCAGAAGAAACACCCUCUCUACAGCAAGCUGAAGGAGGACACUGUCUGGUCUAUGGAGAGCUUCAACACCUAUGUCAAUCUCCGGUUUCAGGUUGCCAAGGGUCUGCCCAGGGACUGGGUGCUGGGAGCCUUUGCGAGGCGCAUGCAGCAGAUCAUGACACAGUGUUUCUUUGCUGUCAAAGACAAGUUAGACUGCCGCCCUGGAUUUUUUGACCUGAUCGGCUGCGACUUCCUAGUCGACGAGUCCUUUAAGGUGUGGCUGCUAGAGAUGACCUGCAAUCCAGCACUUAAUGCAGACUGUGAGGUGCUGAAGGAGGUGAUACCUCGCACAGUUUCAGAGACGCUGGAUUUAACUCUGGAGUUGUUCAACAAGUGUCGUCUGAGAAAGAAAAUCCUUCCCUUAGCCAGUCAGAAGGACUUCGUAAUGCUGUAUAGUGGUGCCUCAGAUCAUGCCUGCAGCAAAACAAGCAACGGCAUCAAGUUAGACAAAAAGAAAAUUAAAAGAAACCACACAACACAGCCUAAAAGAGAGUCAAAGGUAGAGGGGAAGAAGGGGGCAGACAAUCCUUUGCCCAAAGUCACAUCCUCUCUUCAAAACCCAACAUCUCCACCUAAAUGCUCAAAGUUACUCAGGGGUAGAACCAUGCAACCGCAAGAUAAAGUCAGACUGAGCGGCUACAUUUCAAUGGGGGAUCAUUUAAAGGCCACAAACAAUCAGAAGCAGCCAAAGUCUGAGCAGAAGAGAAGGAUUGCCACGCUUCUGUCCUGACUGCAGGUCUCUUGAUGAAAACUCAAACAGGACGCGGUCAGAGUAGCAUGCAAGGGAAAGAGGAACAGUGAUACAUGGAAACAAAUGUGAUCAUUGUCUGAGGAGAGCAGGUGGAAAAGAUUUGUAAGAAUAAAACCCCUUGUUUUCUGCAGCGUUUCCUACUCUUUGUAUUUUUUUGGACAGUAAAACGUGUAUGAAACAUUUUGAUAGUUAAAUAAAACUCUUAAGUCUGGUUUCUUUUCUUACAAAUUGCAGUUUAAACAUCAUAUAAGCCCUUGAAAGGCUUUUUAUACAUUCACCAGUGAGACAGCGGUCACAUGUGUCAUUAGAUAUUAGAAAAAAGGAUGAGUCAAAAGAAAAACAGUUCAGGAAAAAAAAAAGAUUCUUGUCUUGCUUAAAAAGGACAAAAGGUCACAAAACCAGAAAUGUUUUAAGCGCUACUGCUGGAAAUAUAGUUUGAAGGUAAACCCGAGCAUGGCAAGAAAAACCUGCACAAACCGGCACUUAAUGCCAAAACUUGAGGGUGGACACUAACAAUGAGCAAAAAACUAAAAAAUACAUAUAUAUUUUUUUAAAUAAUACAAAAUAUUUGGUGGGAUUCUGUGAAUGAAAACCAAGGCUUAGCAGGGUUUGUUGCGCUAAAGCAUAGCGAUGGCUCAGUGAUGCUGAGGAGUUGUUUUUUUCCCCCUUGUAAAGGAAACCUGCAACAUUAUAAAAGUUAAGCUGGAUUCAGUUUAAGACAAUAAAUAUUGGAGGUGGGGUUAGAAUUACCAAAGAGGAAGCUGAAAUAUGAGCAUCAUCUGACCUUUAAACAGGAGGAGGUUCCCAAGUUAAAAUUAAACUGGACCUGGGAUGGCACUUAGUGUGGGCUGACGUAAAUGUUGCUAAAUGUCUUAAAACUAAGAAAAAGCAGGCAUAAGUUGCUUAAAUGUGCUGGUUGUUGGAGGACUGGGCCAUGAUUCAUUACAAACGCUGUCAAUUUGUGCACAAACCUGCUCUACUGAGUACUAGAUAUGCUUCCAUAAAGCAGAAGCUGACUAAUUUGGAUGGUACACAAAUGUCUCCACUUCUGGCUGGAGGUAUGCAGAUCAUUUUUCUUUGUUUUGUUUUUUUUUGUAAGCAGCUUCUAGUUCAUAGAUCACGCCAGGUGACCUAAAUUGCAGUCAAGAUUGCAACAGUAUUUGCAUCCCUUCACAACCCCUGGGACUGUGUGCAACCCCUCUUAUCGUCCUCUAACCAGGAAGAUCCCCACCAGCCUGCGCUUCAGAGCUGUUUCAGCUUGUUUUGACUGCAGCUCUUUACCUUGCCAUGUCACAACUCGCAAUUAUCUAAGCCCGGCAAGCCGCAUUCAGGGCUGGAAGCUGAUAAACAUGACUGGAUCUUUCCCAACAGGAAGUUUUCUUCAUCAUCCACCUGCUUUCAGCAAGAACUCAAAGGGCAUCAAUGAACUUGUGUUGUCAACAUUAGGAGGAGAAGCAGCUUUUCCCUCCUCUAC